AUACUAAGUGGCUAGUUCUAGCGACUAUCGUAGCUGUGUGUUGUGCGGAGGCGGAUAAACCCGAAGGGAAUGUCCCGGAGCCAAUCGCUGAAGAGUCCCGCCAAUACGAGGAUGAAAACGAGCAACCUGGUCCCCAAGUCAUCAGGGAACUCGACCAUAACAAAAUGCACCACCUAACCCGUGAACGCAUCGAAGCACAAAACAGAAUAAUCAGAAACGUGUACUCCCCCGAUUAUGCUCAGCCCACAGUGGUGCUCGAUUACCGCUACCUCAAAACAGGUGGCCGCGAUUACACCCGCAGCGAUGGCGGUCAGAUCCUUAUUUUGCCAAGAGGCGUCCGAAGCCCUGACAAACAUAAGGAGUUUGCGAAUUUCGACGAACUUCUAGAGUUCCUACGGCUCAAGAACCUAGCAGAAAAUGAACACCAACCUCGCCGGGCACAAGAAGCAAAUCCGUGGAACGAAUAUUAAAUUAAAAACUC